AUGGUUUUGGAAGCAGGUUCAAAUCCGAUAGAAACAAUCAAACACCCAGGGGAAUUCGACACAAUGUUGAAAACAGUUUUAUAUCCUAAAGAUUUCGAUUCAGUCUCAGCUAGAGUGAGAGUUGUUGCUCGAAACACAAUAGAAAGAGUAGUACGAGCAGCUAAUCAUGGAUUUGAAAAACGAGUACUUCAGUACAAUAAUAUUGUCGAGAAUAAUAGGUGGGGUAAUUACGUAAAUUGGAAAUUAUAUCUUUUAUUCGGUCUGUUGGAACAUAGAAAAGUCUCCAUAGGGUUACCAUAUAAAAUUCAUCUACAAGGAGAAAUCAACGAUGAUAAGAUAUUCUUUGGAGAGAAUGGUUCAGAUGCAAAAUUAGAAAUAACGAAUCUCCAACUUUUCAUACCCGUAAUAACACCAUCAAUUGAAGUAGAAACGAGAAUAUUCAACUCGUUAACUAAAGAUAUUGAAAUAGCUUUACUUCAUCGUAAUACGGUAGGUAGCAUGACUUUAACUGGAGAAUCAACCACGUGGCCAAUCACUAACACUAUCAAACCAGCAAGAUAUUUAAUGGUUGGUUUCAAGAACUUACCAGAUUCUCAAACGAAUAAUGAUAAUGUCUUUAGAGUGGCAAUGAACCAAACUCAAAAUCCUUUAAUCCAUAAAGUUCAAGUAAGAUUAAACAACGAUAAUUAUCCUAACCAACCUUUAACAAUUAAUCCAACCACAAAGGAUUAUAAUGAAUUGUAUAGAAACUAUAAAAAUAUGUGUGAAUUAUUUGGAAAUCUACCUCAGUUUGAAUAUGUAGAUUUUGCACUUAAUCAUCCAAUCUUCUGUUUUGAUCUAUCAGCUCAUCAAGAAGAUCUUUUCAAAACAGGAGUGAACAUAAAUAUUCAUAUUGAAAAAAAAACAAGGAGAUGUAACAGAGACGAUAUAUAUUUAGAAAGAAUUGAUACAAAUGUAAAAAAAGGUGGAUUUAUAUAUUCCCUACCUUUAAUAUUUGCUGGUAUUACCGCGGCGGAUACAGUGGCUGGUGCUACAGCUGGUGGAGUAAGCGUUGCCAACGAAAAGAAAGCAGCUGCAGUAACAGCAGCCGAAGAAAAUAGACACAUUUUAGAAAUAGGAAAGCUAGGAAAGCAAGCCGCUGCUGCAAAGAAAGCAGCUACUGUAAAAAAAGGUUCAGGAGUGGGAGAUAUGAUAGGCACAUUGAGAGAAUUUGGAAAAAGAUUUAGUGAAGAAACCAAGAAAACUGUUAAACAAGGAUUAAAUAAAUUAGUAGAUAGUAUUGAUACGGGAGAAAUCAAAGUCAAACAUAAGGAAAUAUUUCCUAAUAACCCUAUGCUCAUGUGUAUAUGCGGUAGUUCCGGUUCUGGGAAAACUCAUCGCACUUUUAACAUGUUGACAACACCAAACCUUUUAGAUUUCGAUUCUCUCUUUAUCUACACAACAACACCAGAGCAAUCAUAUUAUCAAUUCCUCAAAGCUUUAGAAUAUCUACCAAAGAAAGAUGUUCAAGACCUAUUUUAA